AUGGCUACUACGCUUCUUCUCCGAAACUCUUCUUCAUCUUCCAAACGUCUUUCCCCUCUUCUCUUCUCCUCUCAAUUCCACACUUCCCUCACUCGUUCACCUCAAUCUCAAUCCCCUCUCACCAAUGACAAUAUAUCCCUUUCUUCCUCAAACCCUUGGUGGAGAUCCAUGGCUACUUUCACCAGAACGAAGCCUCAUGUUAACGUUGGAACUAUUGGUCACGUAGAUCACGGCAAAACCACACUCACUGCUGCAAUCACCAGAGUGCUUGCUGAUGAAGGGAAAGCUAAGGCUAUUGCUUUUGAUGAAAUUGAUAAGGCGCCUGAAGAGAAGAAAAGAGGAAUUACAAUUGCUACGGCACAUGUUGAAUAUGAGACUGCAAAACGACAUUAUGCACAUGUUGACUGUCCUGGACAUGCAGAUUAUGUGAAAAAUAUGAUUACCGGAGCUGCCCAAAUGGAUGGUGGUAUCCUUGUUGUAUCUGCGCCUGAUGGACCAAUGCCUCAAACCAAGGAGCACAUUCUUCUUGCUCGCCAAGUUGGUGUGCCGUCUCUUGUGUGCUUUUUAAAUAAAGUUGAUGCUGUCGAUGAUCCAGAAUUGUUAGAGCUUGUAGAAAUGGAGCUCCGUGAGCUUCUGAGCUUCUACAAGUUCCCAGGGGAUGACAUCCCUAUCAUUAGAGGUUCAGCACUGUCUGCUUUAAAUGGUACAAAUGAAGAGAUCGGCAGUAAGGCCAUUCUAAAAUUAAUGGAUGCUGUAGAUGAAUACAUUCCUGACCCUGUUCGUCAGCUUGAUAAACCUUUCUUGAUGCCCAUUGAAGACGUGUUCUCAAUUCAGGGACGAGGAACAGUUGCUACUGGCCGUGUUGAACAAGGGAUCAUCAAAGUUGGUGAUGAGGUUGAGGUUUUAGGUCUGAUGCAGGGUGGUCCUUUGAAAACAACCGUUACUGGAGUUGAGAUGUUCAAGAAGAUCUUGGAUCAAGGACAAGCCGGUGAUAAUGUUGGUCUUCUUCUCCGUGGUCUGAAACGGGAAGACAUUCAACGUGGUCAGGUCAUUGCUAAACCCGGUUCUGUAAAAACUUCCAAGAAAUUUGAGGCAGAGAUAUAUGUACUCACAAAGGAUGAGGGUGGUCGACACACUGCUUUCUUUUCUAACUAUAGACCUCAGUUUUACUUGAGGACUGCUGAUAUCACUGGAAAAGUAGAGUUGCCGGAAAAUGUUAAAAUGGUUAUGCCUGGAGACAAUGUUACCGCUGUGUUCGAAUUGAUUUUACCUGUUCCUCUUGAAACAGGGCAAAGAUUUGCUUUGAGAGAGGGUGGUAGAACAGUCGGUGCAGGUGUGGUAUCAAAAGUGCUUAGCUGA